AAGAGGAUCCGGAAUUGCGCACUUUGCUCAGGCUUCCAAAAUGAACGCCCUGUUUGUGUGGUGUGAUCGGAAUAAUCCAGAUUUGCACAAGGCGAGCGAUUCGGACGUGUUCGAUGUUAAACCAAACCACUCUCAGCUAUAAUGCUGUUCUGAACGCCUACCAACUUUGUGGAACAUUAUGGUCCAGUAAUCGAUCCGCUUUAGCUCAUUCUCAUACCGCUCGGUUCCCUGUGUAUUCACUGCGGUUUUGACCACCAGAAGCUACUAAGCUAAUAUUUGUGAAUUACUCUAUGGAAUCUCAGGAAAUUGACCUCAAGGAUUUGAAUGCGUUGCUUCUUUCGGAAGAGGCUGUCGAGUUUGGGAGCACUUGCUGUUCCAACUCCGUGACGCAAACAUCUGAUUGUUCAGCUAUUUCCGGAAACCUCAAAGCUGACGCAAGGGGUGCAAGAACAGAAAAUGAGUUUCGUACUGUCACGCUGUACUCCGGACAAGGAUGUACACAUGAAGUUGUCCAUAGGGUGGACGAACCUCUGAAAGCACUCACUCCAAUUUCAAAACCGGUUCAUACAUACCCGUUUAAAUUAGAUCCUUUCCAAAAGCAAGCCAUUCUCUGUGUCCAUAAUGGACGUUCCGUGCUGGUCUCGGCCUGCACGUCAGCCGGGAAAACAAGUGUUGCAGAGUACGCAGUGGCUCGAAGCUUGCGAGAAAAUCGUCGUGUGAUCUACACGACGCCCAUCAAAGCGUUAAGCAACCAAAAGUACAGGGAGUUUUCGGAUGAAUUCAAGGAUGUGGGACUAAUGACCGGCGACGUAUCCAUCAAUACAGACGCCUCCGUCUUGAUUAUGGUCACAGAAGUUCUUCGAUCCAUGCUGUACCGCGGAUCUGACGCCACUCGAAGAGUUGCUUGGGUCAUCUUUGACGAGAUUCAAUACCUUCGCAACAAAGAACGCGGUGUAGUCUGGGAGGAGGCUAUAAUCUUACUUCCAGAUGACGUCGGCCUUGUAUUUCUCAGCGCCACUAUCCCCAAUGCCAUACAGUUUGCUGAAUGGAUCGUCGCAUUGCACCAUCGCCCCUGUCACGUCGUGAGCACAUAUAUUCGGCCUGUUCCACUGGAGCAUUGUGUGUUCCCGUGCGGUGGAGAUGAUAUCCACCUCGUCUUCAACCAAAAACGCGAAUUUCUUGAAGCCAAUUUCAACGCAGCCUCAAGCGUUAUAAGCAAAGAACUUGACAUCUGUCUAUUGAGAUCAUUUUUCCCGAUGCGCCGCUCCGGAUGCCAACGUAGGUUAUACAACUCACUGUGUUUAUUUGUUUUACCCCUAUUGGUGCGUAUUCCUUGA